AUGGAUACACUUUCCAUUCGUGCUCAACAAUUGACUCAAAAUAUGACCGGAUUAUUGAAAAAUUUUUCACUACUUGAAAAAAAUCCCUAUGAUGAUGAAUUAAAUCCUAAUGGGAUAUUUAACUGUGGUGUUGCAGAAAAUUAUUUAUGUGAAAAUGAAUUAAUUUCAAAACUUCAAUCAAUUCAAAUAUGGAAAACAAAUUUUAUGUAUUAUCCGUAUUCAUCAGGUCAAAAAUCAUUACAACAAGCUUUAUGUAAUUUUUUUCAAAGAACUUUUCACCUUAAUUAUGAACUUGAUCCAGAUCGAAUGAUAAUUUCAAGUGGAUUAACAGGUAUUAUGUCAUUAUUAGCUUAUCUUAUAGGUGAUACAGAUGAUGUUUUUCUCAUAUCAUCACCUUAUUAUACUGCAUUUGAUCAUGAUGUAUCAGUUUUCUCCAAUUGUGCUAUAUUUCGAUGUCCAUUACUUGAACAAGACAGUGGAAAAUUUAUAUUUUCAGUCGAAAUUUAUAAACGUGGUUAUGAAGAAGCAAUAAAUCAAGGUCUCCAGCCACGUGGAAUUAUUAUUCUUAAUCCAAAUAAUCCUAUUGGAGAUAUAUAUGAUGAACAAACAAUUCAUCCUAUUUUAGAAUUUGCAGCUCAAAAAAAAUUACAUGUUAUUAUAGAUGAAAUUUAUGCAUUAAGUAUAUUUGAAAAUCAAAAACCAUUUCAAUCAAUAUUAAAUUAUAAAUCAAUAAUUGAUCCAAAACGUACACAUUUUCUUUGGUCAUUAAGUAAAGAUUUUUCAUUAAGUGGUUUACGUGUAGGUGUUCUUUAUGCUGGUUCAAAAGAAUUAUAUUCAGCAGGUUCAGCAGCUAAUUUUAUUCAAGUACCAUCAGUUAUAAUUCAAGAAAUUACAGCUACACUUCUAUCUGAUGAACAAUGGAUUGAUUCAUAUAUAAAAUUAAAUCGUUCACGCUUAACUCAACAAUAUGAAAAAGUUAAAAACGCAAUAGAAGAUAUUGAUAAUCGUAUCGUUGUUCGACCAGCUAAAGCAGGAUUUUUCAUAUGGACUGAUUUUCGUUUAUUAUUACAUGAAGUUACAUUUGAAGAAGAAAGACGUUUAGUUCAAAAUAUAUUCGAACAUGGUGUUUAUUUAGUAUCAGGAAGUUUUCUUGGUUGUAUACAACCAGGAUGGUUUCGUAUAAUAUUUUCUGUGAAAGAAAAAUGGAUUGAUGAAAUAUUAAAACGACUUAAAUCAGGAUUAGAUGCCUAUCGACAUUCAACGAUUGUUUCUAGCGUAUAA